ACAUUAAUAAAAAUAGAUUUAAUACCAUAAAAAUCUGAUGAAUAUUCCUUCGCUUGUUAAAAAAAGAAUGUAAUUAAGAUCUAUUAAAUAUUUAGGACACAGUAAUACAGUAAUUGGUGGUUUACCAAUUAAAUAUGUUAAUUUGGGAAUAUAUAGAUAGCAACGCCAAUGAUCUUAAAUAUUAUCUUUUUGAUAUAUUUUAAUUUAAAUUUCAUUAUUUGUAUUCGUUUUUGUAGGUAUUUGAAAGUGUUAUUAAAUGGGUAAAAAAGGAUUUGGAUCAGAGAAAAGACUUUUUGACAGAAUUAAUGGAACACGUGCGUUUGCCCAUAAUAGCAUCUAGGCCAGAUAUAUUAUUAAAUAUAGCAAACGAACCUCUUCUAAAAGAUAAUCUUAAAUGUAACAGAUAUGUAAUUGAAGCAUACCAUUUCAAUCUACAAAAAGCAGUACAAUAUUUCACCAUUCCACAAACAAUUCGUUGUAAGCCCAGGCAGUUUGGUGACUCACAUAAAGUUAUUUUAAUGUUCAACCGGUCUGAUACAUCACCAAAGUGUUAUACAGAAUGGUAUGACCCAGUAACCAAACUACGUGAGAAAGCACCAGGGAUAAAUGAUUGUCGUUGGGAUGCUGGUCUUUGUGUUGUUAGAGAUCAAUUUGUGUUUGCUGUGGGAGGUGUGAAUAGUUUAUGUUCACAAUCUGUUACUAUGCUUGAUGUAUCUUCACAAUCGCCCUCUUGGGUUCCAAUGGCUGACAUGGUAGUAAAACGAGGACGAUUAGGAAUUGGUGUAUUGGAUGAUUGUAUAUAUACAGUUGGUGGAGGAGAUAUCAAAAAUCCAUUAAAUAGUGAUGAGGUUUUUGAUGUCAGUAUUCAAAAAUGGAGAUUGGUAGCUAGUAUGUCUACUAAAAGAUUGGAUUUGGGUGUUGGUGUACUCAAUAAUCGUUUAUAUGCGGUGAAUAUUUAUAUUAUUUCUUUAUUUAUAAUUUGUAAUCAGGGCUUAAAACUGGUAACUGGUUUGUAACGAAAACCGUUAAAA